AAUCAUAGAAUCGACUUGAUCAUCAGAUUUUCGAUUCUAAGUUCAUAACCCUAGCCCAUUCCCAUUUUGGGCGGAGCAUAUCUACUAAUUCUUUGAUUCCAGUUAGUAAGGUAAGAGUUGAACUAAGAAAUAGAUUCUAGAAGCUAAAAAAGGGUAUCCUGAGCAAUUUCAAUAAUAGGGUUCAUUGAUAUUCCUGGUAUAGUAGAUGCUAUCACACAUACAAUCAUACUUAAUUCGAUGGAAUUGUUUGAUCUUAAAGGGGACCUUCUAUAAUUUCGCACGUGAGGAGUUAUUUCUUGGUUUCUGUUUAUAAAUUUCACUGUUGUUGACGUGUAUAUAGGGAGAGGCAAUGCUUAUGACUUUGCCCUAACAAUUGAAGAAAAAAAAAAGUAAAGUAGCUAUGUCAUUUUCAAAUUCGUCUGGAUCUUGCACAUGUGGGGGGAAGCAACCUAGUGGUGGGUCUGAUGGUGGUCGUUCAUCUCACGGUGGUGGAUCUUCCCAUGGCUGUGGCGCAAGGAUUUUUGCUAUUAAGCUCAUGUGUUACUGUGGUCAGACAGCUGUAUUGAGAACAACAAAAACCCCUAAGAAUAGGGGCAAACAAUUUUGGGGAUGCCCUAAGUUUAAGAGUGGGUCUCAAGAUUUGGGUGGCUGCAAUUUUUUCCAAUGGUUUAUUGAACAGGAAAUCGAAGAAAGAGAUGUGGUGAAGAUGGAAGAAAAAGAUGUGGUGAAGAUGGAAGAAAGAGAUUUUGGAGGGAAUAAAGUGCUGAAAGUAGAGAAGAUUGAAGAAAAAGAUGUGGUAAAUAUGAGAGAAAGAGAUGGUGGAUGGAUCAUAACUAGGAAACUAGAUGAGGCUAUAGUUCGUUUGCAAAAGUGGAUGAAGUUGAUGUUAGGGAUGAUGGUUGUUGUAUGCGUUAUGAAUGUGAUAGUUAUAUCACUGUUAUUGUAAAGACCUAACGUGUUGUAUG